AUGUCUGAGACCUCACUACCUGAGGAAUUAGAUAAUGAGCUAAGGUUAUUGUCCGAAUUGGAUGGAAUAGAAAUCAUUGUCCUUGCUGACAGUCCGCAGAAUACUGCAGAUUUGUCCAGAUAUGACGAUGAAAGUAUAUUUUUUGAAGCAUCAUCAGCGGAAGAGUGUAAUGUGUCCGGAUACAAAUUUGAAUUGAAGAUUAGACUAAAAGAAUGUCGUUAUGCCAUACGCCAGAACCGUGACACUGUCAUCAGCUUAAUAGUGGAAGUUCAAUCUGACUAUUCUGAGACUUUACCACUGGUUGAAAUUAUCAAUAUAACGAAUUCUUCAUCGAAACUUACCGCAAAAUGCGAACAAUAUUUGAAUGGAAGGUUGAUGGAUUAUAAUUCAAGGAGCGACCGUUUGAGAGUUCACAAGUUGAUUGCAGAUUUUUAUGACUUUUUACUUUCUGAAACGGCAAUAAAAUCCGGUGAUUUCCAUUCGGCUACUAAUGGAUCCUCGAAUAAUACCACAGAUUUAAUAGCUGGUUCACUCCCUUUAAUGGGUGCGAAUUCACCGUAUACUCUAUCAUGCGACGAUAAACAAAGUAGAGGAUCCAGUUAUGGAGCCUUUUGUCGCAGGAGCCCUCAUUAUCCCGGUAUUUACAAUAUACAAGAAAAUCCAAAUUUGGAUAACUUUUUGACAAUACAUUCUAGGUAUUACAGAGAAUUUAUCCAGGAAGCUGUUUUGGGAUCAGGAUCUUUUGGUUGUGUAACUAAGGUAAGAAAGAACGGAGUUAAUUACGCUGUGAAGCAAAUCCCAAUUUAUGAAAGUUAUGAAGAGAUUUUGCAAUCCGAGGCAGCUAUAUUAGCAAGUCUACAACAUCGCAAUAUUGUACUUUAUUAUGAUGCUUGGAUUGAAGUUUCUCCUGAGUUACUACUUGAAAAAUGUAGAAAUACGGAUAUUUCUAGUAAGCAACUUUCCAUUCUUAGACAAAACAGUAUAGACAAAAAAUUAUAUGGUGGAUAUCUUUCUUCAUUUAGAGAGAUAUAUAAUAGAGAGGGUGAUAGCAAUAGGGAAACUAUAUUACCCAUUCCCCAGGACCCAGGUAGUUCUGAUGUAAAAUACGGAUUCAGAAUUGUGAAUAAUGCUCAACGAUCUAACCAGCUCAAUAAACAUAAGAAAAACAGAGAAUCAAAACGCAAAUCUGGUAUACCUAAAAAGUAUCUUUUCAUUCUAAUGGAAUAUUGCGCAGAAGCAACUCUAUUUGAGACCAUAUCUGAGCACAAGCUUUACGAGUCACCUCAGAAAGUUAUAGAACUAUUCCGCCAGAUAUUAGAUGCCUUAUCGUAUAUUCAUGAAAAGGGUAUUAUACAUCGUGAUAUUAAACCAUCUAACAUUUUCCUAAAGUUUGAUGGCGAAUUGUUGGCAAAAUUGGGCGAUUUUGGACUAACUGCUAAAUUAACGCACAAAGCAACAUCCCCUAGAUAUUCACCAUUGGAUCCAACUGGAAUGGUAGGAACGUUACAUUAUAUGGCACCAGAGCAAAUUGUUGGUGAUGCUUAUGAUGAAAAAGUAGAUAUAUACUCAGCUGGAGUUGUAUUGUUUGAGAUGUUAUCACCUCCAUUCAGGACAUCUAUGGAAAGAACUGAAAUUUUAUCUUCAUUUUCCACUCUAAAUAAGCAGUGGCCAGAGGGUUUUAGAGACCGUGUAGAUUAUCGUUUACUUAAACUUUUGGAGUCCAUGCUACAUGUAGAUCCAAACAAGAGACCUUCUGCCACAGUUAUACUACAAAAUGAACUAUUUUCAUAUAGUAAGCUAGAUUUGGUAUCUCUUUACACAGUUAUAACUCAAUAUCCACAAUCAAUGGAAUCUGCUCAGCUGUUGAACGGCAUCUUUAGUAGAAGAGAAAACGCUGGAAGAUGUUUAGAGUAUUUAAUGUCCAUAAACACGGACCCAGUAAUAGGGUAUGUAAAUACUGAAUUGGGAAAAUUGUAUCACCAAGAAUUUACAGCAAGAGGUGCAAUUCGUGUUCAAGCGCCAUUAUUUACUGAAGUAUCUUCUGACAAAUUUACAUCUAACAUGUUUGGUAUUAAAGGAUAUAAUUUGCUAAUGACGGAUGGUAGGACCUGUCAAUUAAGAUUUUCGGUUCUUGUGUCUUUGGCAGAAUCACUUCCAAGUGCUGCAUUAGUCAUUAUGAGACGUUGGCAUUGGGGUUUGGUCUAUGCAAAUUUAUCCUCAAACGCUGGUGCAAGAUAUCCAAAAGAAUUUUGGAGGUGUGCCUACGAUAUAAUAGCUGACUAUGGAAUAAUGUUUCAAGAGAAUGCAGUUCGUGAAGAGUUUUUGGAUGCAUUUUUUACAUCUGAAUUGAUUUCUGUAUCAACAAAACCAAUCAUAAAAUUUCUUAAAUGUAACUUGGUUGUUGAAUGGGGAUAUAACGGAUUUAUCAGAAGGUAUAUAGAGUAUGCAUUCGAUACUUCAGAAAACUUUGCAAAGAGUAUGGAAUCCAUUUUCAUAAAACAUAUGCCAAAAAUUGGUAAUGCUGUUAAUAAGCAGAUUACAGAUCUUUGCAGAAGCACCUAUUCCAAUUCAGAUGAUAAAAUACAAUCAAUGAUAUCUCUAUACUCCCUUUUGGUCACUCAAAAACUGAAACCACACGAAUUUGCGGCUAACUUGAGAAGGCUAUGUACCAGCACCAAGGAUAACAAUAUGAGCAAAAUGGAUGUAGAACUCGAAAAUUUGCUAUACAUGGACAAAUUUUUAAGGGGAAACCGUAAUAUUGAAUUUUCGUUCAAACCCAUACACAUUGUGGAAACAUUUUUCUCCGGAUUCACAUUUCAGGUUUAUAUAAAAAUGGGAAAGCGGGAGCUCGAGGAGGUUGCAGCAGGAGGAUGCUAUGAACGUCUCUUAAAUGGCGUACAUCUCGGCAAGAAUGUUUUGGAUAACGCCCAAAGAAAGGUGUUUGGAUUUGAGCUAAAUUUGCAGGUUAUUUUUGAUACGGUAUCACGGAGCAUGUCAAAGAACACCACUGGGUUCAGUCCCUUUUACUUUAGUCUAUCACCUGAUGUUUUAAUUUUACUUGGUCAGCCUAGUCUGUUGAUUCAGGCAACCAGUCUUGAGUAUGCACUUAGAAAUGAAGGAAUCAGAUGUGGAAAAUACCUAGGACCUUCAAACAACUUUAAAAGUUUUCUAAAAAUGAAAAGCAAGGGAGCUGCGUCACUUCAAAGGUUGAAGUAUACGGUUUCUCUCAAACUUUCAUCUGGGACUUCACAUAACCAGUUGCCUAACCAUGUACAAUAUACUGUUUUUGACAUUGAAAAGGAUGAUAAAAUGAUUUUGUUUGAAGAGAAGCAAGUGUUUGACCAUAUCGCACCUAACAUCCACACCAGAUCUUGA